GGAGCUGCCAAUCUGUGUUGUAAUCCUGCAGGAAUUUCUGCGGGGUUUAACUGGGAGCCGCGCCGCCGCCGCCGCGCACUCGGGGCGGAGGGAAGGGCGGCGGAGCCGGCAGCGCGCAGCACCGCGCAGCGCAGCGCGCAGAGGAGCGCAAGGACCGCGCGGGCCGGAGGGCGCCCGCCGCCCUGCCCCGGGCGCCGCUUUCUCCUUUGUGCCCGGCACCGCGGGAAUAAUGCGGGGCGUGUGGUUAGCGCUCACCGUCAGCUUCGUGGCCUGCGCCUCCGGGCAGCCGAGAGCAGAUUUGACCUCUGAUAAAGAUUUAUACCUUGACAACAGCUCUGUUGAAGAAGCAUCAGGCGUCUAUCCAAUUGAUGAUGAUGAUUAUUCUUCUGGGUCAGGUUCAGGUGCUGAAGAAGAUGAAGAUAGUGCAGUGAUAACAACAUCUAGAACAUUCCCAAAGUUACCAACAACUAGUGAUGCAUCUAGGGCUGAGACCACCACGGUGAAAAUGCAGACCAAGGUGCCUGCACAAACAAAGUCACCAGAAGAAAUCGAUAAAGAGGAAAGGCCUGAGGUGGAUGCCAAGAAAAAAGGUGACGAGCCAGGGGACGACACUGAUGUGUUCACCGAGAAGCAUUCAGAAAACCUCUUCCAGAGAACAGAAGUUCUGGCAGCUGUUAUUGCUGGCGGAGUUAUUGGUUUUCUUUUCGCAAUCUUCCUUAUCCUGCUGCUGGUAUAUCGCAUGAGAAAGAAGGAUGAAGGCAGUUACGACCUUGGUGAACGUAAACCAUCCUGUGCUGCCUAUCAAAAGGCACCUACUAAGGAAUUUUAUGCAUAAAAUUCCCAUUUAGUGUCUCUAUUUAUGAGAUCACUGAACUUUUUUAAAUAAAGCUUUUGCAUAGAAUAAUGAAGAUUUUUUUUUUCCAUUAAAGAGCCAUUAUGGCACCUUUAUGAUAAAAACCCAUUGUAUUUAAAACUUUUCUUGUAUUCCUAUAAAAAUGUAAAAUUAAAACUUAACAUUUGCAGUGUUCUGUGAAUAACAGUGGCAAAGCAUUAUUUUAUAAAACCAUUGCUGUUCACUGAAUCAUUUUUAAAACUUUAUGCAUAAAUAUAAAAUAAUGAAAAUGAUUGUUUUAUCCUAUGGUUCAAUGAAAGUUGUUUAAUUUUUGUCAGCAUGUCUCAGAUUGAUCUUACAAGUUAGUUUUUAUUUCAUUAAUUUAUCUGUUUCCAAAAAAUGCCUUUUUGUAGUUGUCAUGGUGCAAUUCGUCUUCAGAUAAUUCAGAUAACCGUAACUUUUAGUGUAAAUGUAAUUUUUCAGCUAUGUAAACUUUAACCUCCACUUUGUAUAAAUUUAAGUGUCAGAAUAUCAAUUUUACACUUUGCAUUGUUUCUCAGCAUACCUGUAGCUUCAGUGAGAUUUGUAACAGCAAAUUAAUGUGUAAAAUUGGAUUAUUACUACAAACUGUAUAGUCAUAUUCUUACUAAACAAAUCUCCUGUAAGGAAGAUUUGGAGUAAGCUACUGACAAACCUAAGCAAACCCAAAGACUCUAACAGUAUUUUGAGAAGUUGCUGCAGAUUUCUAUGGCCACUGUAUUUGUUAAUUAUUUGCAAUUUGAAGGUACAAGUAGGGGUUUAAAUUUUUGUUCUUUAAAAAUUCAUUUAAGUUGUAAACGUCUUUUAAAGCCUUUGAAGUGCCUAUGAUUAUAUGUAACUCGUUGCAGACUGGUGUUAAUGAGUAUAUAACAGUAAAAGAAAAUGUUGGUAUUUUAUAAGCACAGAUGAUUCUAAUGGUAACUUUUGUAGUCUUACAUGGAUAGACAUAAUUGUAAUUUGGGAACAUAAACACUACUGAAUAAAUCAUGUGGCCUAAUACUGAGAAUUCCAUUGUGAUAUACUUUUGUACGCUUUUUAUUUUAUCUCUACUUGCUUAUGUUUUAAUGUCACAGAGAACUAGUGAAUCUUAAAAAUCCAGACCAAAAAAAACAGGCUAUUGAUCAGGCUGAUUCUCGGACCAGAUUUAUUGCUGAGAAAAGUGGGAAUGUUUAAGUCUUGCAUCUAGUGUAUGAGUUAUGAGUCAUGAGUCAUUCAACCUUUGCAUUUUAUUUAAUGGCAGUAUUGACACAGACAUGUUCUUCUUGGAAAUGUUGUUUUCCAUACUGUAAAAUUCAAAGGAGUACCCAGUUUCAUUUACUGUGUAUAUUGGUUUUUGAUUUGUUGUUCUGGUUUGGUUUUUUCCCCAGCCUUUUGGAGGAUUUUGUUUUAUUCUGAACUCCAGCAGAAGAAUUGAGACAAGUGGAAUAUCUUCAUAAGAGAAGAAAGAAAUAUUCCAACUAGAAGAGAAAAGGCUCUGUUGCUUAGACUACAGAUAGGUGUUGGAUAGAGGGGCACGUGGAGAA